UUGCAAUCAAACACCUUGAAGUACGCAGAAGUUGCUGCCGCUCCGUCAGAAAGAGAGGUGUUUUCCAGUGAUUUUCCGCAAUUUCCCAUAUCAAGAGGCACAAUGUCGGACAUUAAAUCCGAAAUAGACAGUGAUAUUGAACAGAAUUACUCAAUAAACAGCAAUGCAGACCCCAAAAAUAUGCACGAGCUGACAAUCUAUGUUCAGAAUCUCCUGCAGAAUGUCCAGGAUAAAUUCCAGUCCAUGUCGGAUCAGAUAAUCUCCCGCAUUGACGAUAUGGGCAAUCGUAUUGAUGAUCUGGAGAAGAGUAUAGCGGAUCUCAUGACCCAGGCUGGUGUUGAGGGUCCAGAGAAGUAAUUCCGCUGAGAGGCUGGCUGGCUGGGAGCCCUAUUCGGGGGCAAAGAUGCGAGUAUUCCACCGUUAAUCGGCUUCUCACCUCAUCACAUGCUCAAGCUUCAUGUUUUUUGUACGUACAAAACUCCCUCAACAUAAAAAAAAAGAAGGCUCUAAACAGGAAGUCCUGCACCAAGGUAAUCAAUUUAUAUCCACCCCCCCCCCUUAAUCCCUGUGUACCCAAAAUGAGAUAAUAAAAUGUCUCAAAGUAAA